CGGAAGCCCCGCCCCAGACGCCCCGCCCCCGGAACGCCCUGUCUCUCGGAACACCAGCGCUGCUGACGUGCUUCCGGGGAGCCAGUUCGGCCGAGGGCCUAGUCCCUCCGGCGAGUGGUGGGAACUGCGCGUGUGGUGUGACUCGGCCACCGGACACACCACAUGGCCGGGGGAGGCGAGGCUGCCGCCAAAAAGAAGAAGAAGACCCGGAGAGAGGCCUGUGGGCCGCAGGGAGGCGAGAAGGCUUCGGGAGAGCAGACCCCAGAGGAAGCCCCCCUCAGCGCGGAGGAGCAGGCAGAGCAGCUGGCCCGGGAACUGGCCUGGUGCGUGGAGCAGUUGGAGCUGGGACUGAGGAUGCAGAGACCCAGCCCAAAGCAGAAAGAGCAGGCCGCUGCAGCACUCCGAACCCUCCGCAGCGGAAGGACCUCGGUACCCCGCAAGAGGCAGCUGAUGCGCUCCUUGUUUGGGGACUACAGGGCGCUCAUGGAAGCCCAGCGGCGCGAAGCCUUGCGUUUGCUUAAGGCGGCAGCUCAUGUGGCCCAGGUGCAUCCUGUAGGUGAGGCUGCCAGAAAGAAGAGUGGGAAGGUCUGCCGGCCUCGCCUGGCAGCAGGAGCAAAGGACACCAGUGAUAUUCUUGAUGAAGACUUUAAGUUUAAUUUCUUUUAACUCUCUCCUGGCACAGUUCUCACCCAGGUGCUCUGGAUGUUUGUCUUAGAGCCCAUCCUUGAAUGCUCUGCUCUGUGGGGCAGAUGUGGAUUGGUCUCACCUUUGCUUGUCAGUAAAUGGUUGUUGUGUACAUUUGA